AUGGCCAUGGCCGCGGCUCCUCCUCCUCCCCGGCCUCGUGUCAUGGUGCUGCCCUUCCCUGCCCAGGGUCAUAUCAUGCCGCUCAUGGAGCUGUCCCACCGCCUCGUCGACCACGGCUUCGAGGUCGACUUCGUGAACACGGACUUCAACCACGCCCGCAUCCUCACGGCCUUGGCGGCAGGAGGAGAGACCGGGGCAGCUGUCCACGCCGGGAUCCACUUGGUCUCUUUACCGGACGGCAUGGGCCCCGACGGCGACCGCGCAGACAUCGUUCGGCUGGCUCAGGGCUUGCCGGCGGCGAUGCUCGGCCGCCUUGAAGAGCUGGUGCGAGCUCAGACGACUCGGUGGGUGGUGGCUGAUGUCUCCAUGAGCUGGGUACUGGACCUGGCCGGAACGGUGGGCGUGCGCGUCGCCUUGUUCUCGACCUUCUCGGCCACCGCCUUCGCGGUAAGGAUGCGUAUUCCCAAGUUGGUAGAGGAUGGCAUCAUUGACGAAAAUGCAAAUGUGAAGAGGAAUGAAAGGAUCAAGCUGAGCCCCAACACGCCAGCCAUCGACGCCGUCGACAUCCCCUGGGUUAGGCUUCGAAACCCCAUGAUAAAGGGCAUGAUCAAGACCAACCAAAUGUUCGCGCUCGCUGACACCAUUGUCUGCAACACGUUCCAUGCCAUCGAGUCCGAGGCGCUGGCACUCCUCCCCAAGGCGGCACUAGCCAUCGGCCCCCUCGAGGCGCCGACGUCGAACUCAGCCAGCCAGCUCUGGCCCGAAGACCCGACCUGCCUCGCCUGGCUCGACGCCCAGGCACCCGGAUCAGUAGUCUAUGUGGCAUUCGGGAGCUUUACGGUCUUCGACACUGCAAGGCUCCAGGAGCUCGCCGACGGGCUGGCGCUCACCGGACGCCCGUUUCUGUGGGUGGUCCGGCCAAACUUUGCCAACGGCGUCGAUGAAGGCUGGCUGGACCAGUUCAGAUGCCGCGUCGGAGACAAGGGCCUAGUCGUCGGCUGGGCUCCCCAGCAGCGCGUGCUCUCGCACCCUUCUGUUGCAUGCUUCAUCUCGCACUGCGGAUGGAACUCCACCAUGGAAGGGGUGCGUCACGGCGUCCCGUUCCUGUGUUGGCCAUACUUUGCCGACCAGUUCAUGAACCAGAACUACAUCUGCGACGUGUGGGGCACGGGCUUGAGGAUUGACGCCGAUGAGCGGGGCAUCUUCACCAAGGAGGAGAUCAGGGACAAGGUCGACCAGCUGCUCGGUGAUGAUGGGAUCAGAGCGAGGGCACUGUCUUUGAAGAGAGCAGCGUGCGAGAGCAUCACAGAUGGAGGGUCCUCGCAUCAGGAUCUGCUCAAGUUUGUAAACCUGCUGAGAGAACAAUAA